CCUCUCCCACAAUCCAUUUUUCUCAUCCCAAUCCCACUCAGCUUUCUUCUCCAUCAGUCUUUAGCGCACACUAGCACAAAUCAAUUACUUCUCUGUUCCAUUUCCAAAUAAAAAUGGUCUCUUUCCUUCUAAAUCUCUUCCUCGUUUUCUCUCUCUUCCAAAUCUCUUUGGCUUCUAGAAAACUCUCUGAGGUUGGGCAAGACAAGCCCGAUCAGCUCCUGAAAUACCACAACGGCCCUUUGCUUUCGGGUAAAAUCUCGAUCAACCUCAUUUGGUACGGCAAGUUCAAGCCUUCCCAGAGAGCCAUCGUCUCCGAUUUCUUCACCUCCCUCUCAUCUCCUUCCCCUUCCCAGAACAACCAACCAUCGGUCGCCACGUGGUGGAAGCUCACCGAGAAGUACUAUCAUCUCACCUCCCGAAAAUCCCCUCAGCUUUCCCUCACCCUCAACAAGCAAAUCCUCGACAAGAGCUACUCUCUUGGCAAAUCCCUCACCAACAAACAGAUCAUCAACUUGGCUUCCAAAGGUGACCAGAAAAACGCCAUCAACGUCGUCUUGACCUCCGCCGACGUCACUGUCGAUGGGUUCUGUAUGAGCCGGUGUGGGACCCAUGGGUCUUCGGUGGGCUCCAACGCCGGUCACGUCAAAGGGAAGGUCUACAAGUUCGCUUACAUCUGGGUCGGGAACUCAGAGACUCAGUGCCCGGGCCAAUGCGCGUGGCCGCUCCACCAGCCCAUCUACGGCCCACAGAGCCCACCCCUGGUGGCGCCCAACAACGACGUGGGCCUCGACGGGAUGAUCAUCAACCUGGCGAGCCUCUUGGCCGGGACCGUGACAAACCCGUUCGGCAAUGGCUACUUCCAAGGACCGGCAGAGGCGCCGCUGGAGGCCGCGUCGGCUUGUCCUGGAGUGUACGGAAAAGGUGCUUAUCCUGGCUAUGCUGGAAACUUGCUUGUGGACCCCACCACCGGGGCUAGCUACAAUGCUCAUGGUGCUCAUGGGAGGAAGUACUUGCUUCCAGCUUUGUAUGAUCCUUCCACGACAUCUUGUUCGACCUUGGUUUGAGGUGGUGGUAGUGGCUGAUUAGUGACGAGGAGGACUAGCUGAAAUUGUAUACGCGAUAUAGUAGAAGUAGAGUAGUUAAAUUCUUUGAUUUAUUUUUUUGGGUUUGCUAUGGAACUUAUGCGGAUUGAUUAUUAAUAAGAGAAAAGCAAACUGUUUCGGUUUGCUUGUUUUAAUUAACGAA